AUGUCUCAGCAGCACUCGGACCUGAUUGUCGAUGGCGACGCCCCGCCGGCAUACGGGGAAGAAACCAGGAGUACCACCGAGUCUCAGGACGAUGCGGCGUUAUUGAGGACCAUGGGCUAUAAGCCCGUCCUCCAUCGGACUUAUUCAUUGUUCGAGAACUUUGCAACCACGUUUGCCGCUCUUUACUUCGUCGGAGGUGUUCGCGUUACUUUUAGUACCGGUAUCGCUGCGGGUGGUAACUUGGCUUACUGGACGAGUUACAUCGUGACGGUGGUUUUCACCUUCAUCACGGCUGCAGUCAUCGCAGAAGUCUGCUCUGCUUCGCCAUCCGCCGGCUCCAUCUAUCUCUGGGCUGCCGAAGCUGGCGGUCCUCGAUUUGGUCGACUACUUGGCUUCAUCGUCGCCUGGUGGAGUACGACAGCAUGGACAACAUUCUGUGCGAGUAACACGCAGGCAGCGGUCAACUACAUGCUUUCGGAACUGACGGUUUUCAACGUCGACUUUCCCACUGAUACCUCUUCGGUCAAGUUUCGCGCUGUGCAGUGGAUUUGUACUGAGAUUCUGCUUGCAUUGGCUGCGCUUCUCAACUUUAUGCCGCCCCGGUAUUUCAAAUGGGUGUUCUACUUUUCUUCCGUCAUCGUUCUCUUGGAUUUCUUCCUGAACGUCAUCUGGCUCCCUAUUGGUGCUCACAACACAUGGGGAUUCCGGACCGCCGAAGAGGCGUUCAUGUCCACCUACAACGGCACAGGUGCACCUCCGGGCUGGAACUGGUGUUUGUCCUACCUGGCCACAGCCGGUAUCCUGAUCGGAUUCGACGCCUCGGGCCACGUCGCCGAAGAAACCAAGAACGCCUCCGUCACCGCAGCACGUGGUAUCUUCUGGAGUACCGUAGUCAGUGGAAUUGGUGGUCUGGCUACCAUCAUCUUGUUCCUGUUCUGUGCCCCUAACCCUGAAACUCUCUUCUCCUUCGGCUCCCCCCAACCGUUUGUCCCUCUCUACGCUGUCGUCCUGGGCAAAGGCGGCCACAUCUUCAUGAACAUCAUCUGCGUCGUUGCCCUCUGGCUUAACACAGCCGUAGCCAUCGUCGCUGCCUCCCGUCUUGUCUUCGCCGUCGCCCGUGACGGCGUCCUCCCCUUCUCCGGCUGGGUCUCGCGCGUCCACCACGGCCAGCCCCGUAACGCCGUGACCGUCGUCUGGGGCGUUGCCGCGCUCAUCACCUGCACACUGCUCCCGUCCGACGUGGCCUUCACGUCACUGGUCUCCGCCGCGGGUGUGCCCAGCGCCGCCGCCUACGGCCUCAUCUGUCUCGGCCGGCUCUUGUGCACUCCGUCGCGCUUCCCCAAGCCCAAAUGGAGUCUCGGGCGACUGAGCAAGCCGUUCCAGUUCAUUGGCGUCUUCUGGAACGGAUGGGUCGUGGCUGUUUUGUUCUCGCCAUAUGAGUGGCCUGUCACGGGGGCGAAUCUGAACUACGCCCCCAUUAUCAUGGCCGCAGUUACCAUCUUCGCCAUCAUCUCCUACCUCGUCAUGCCCGAGGAAGCCUGGCUCCCUCGCAACCGCAUCUCGCAUUUCAUCGACAGCAAGGGCGUGACCGAGACCGUCGAAGAGGUGGAUGUUGGUCGGAGACCACUCACCUCGCCGUCUCCGCCGUCGGGAGAUGCACGGGACGGAACUGAACCCGUGAAUGUCGAUGCCAGUGGAUCCAGCGCUGCUGUUGCUGAUCAUGCUGCUUCUGAGUCAGGGGAGAGGCGGAGGAAGGGAACAACUGCUGGGGUGAGUGGUAGUGAUGAGUGA